UGGGACUCCAUCAGAAAGUGGAGGAUAUGGAACUGAUAAAAAUAGAAAGGUUAAUAGAGUUUGCAUUAAUUCUGGAAUGUGACACAGUAUGAGCCAUUAAUGUUAUGAGGUGAUAUGGGACAAGAAAUAUUUCUUGGGAAGGUCCUGAACAUGUGUAAACAUUUGAACUGACAGUCCUUGCUGAAAUGAAAACACAUUUCCCCCAGCCAUGCACUCACAUUUCAACAAUUUUACCCGAAGUAACCCAUGGGCAGCCUGGACUAUCUGGUCUUAUUGUGCAUUGCAUUCUUCUUUCUGUGCAGGUUUUCAUCUGGGCUCCACAGUGAGGUCUGAAACCAAAGGCAUCUGGAUGUGGUGUAUGCCCCACCCCUCCAAGGAGAGCUGCACCCUGGUCCUUCUGGACACUGAGGGCCUGGGCAAUGUGGAGAAGGAGGACUCCAGGAGUGACUCGUGGAUCUUUGCCCUGGCCGUGCUCCUGAGCAGCACCUUUAUCUACAACGGCAUGAACAGCAUCAACAAUCAGGCCUUGCAGCAGCUGCACUAUGUGACUGAAUUAACAGAGCUGAUCAGAACCAAAUCAUCUCCCAGCUCUGAUGAAGUAGAGGAUUCAGCCAAAUUUGUGAGUUUCUUUCCAGACUUUAUUUGGACUGUACGGGAUUUCAUGCUGGAGCUGGAGUUAGACGGGAACUCCAUCACUGAAGAUGAGUACCUGGAGAAUGCCUUGAAGUUGAUUCCAGGUAUCAGAGCAAGGCCAGGGUGGUAAGAAGCUCAGUAGGAGGUGGGGUCAACAGAGCCCUUUGAUUUGAAGUUGGAUUUGAGGCCAUGCUAACGGUACUUGGUGAAUGACUGCGAGGUGGCUUCAGUCAUUAUUGUUACUGGGAAAACCCCAGUGACCAGAGCUUAAGCUCACAGAGGAAAUUUAGGAUCCAAUAUUCUACCAAGUGACUUUAGAAAAAUUAAUACCAUGAAGAAGAAAGGCUCAUAUAUUGUGUUUUGUAUUAAGUGUUUCUCCUCUUCUAUUUGAGAAAUAUAACCCAUCAAAUUGAAAUUAGUAAAUACAGAAUCGUAAGGUAAGCAAAAUAAUUAAUUUUUAAAUACAUUUCACACAGUGUAUUUUACUGUCUUAUCUAGAUACAUUCUUCACAGACAGACUACUUAUACCUUAAUUAGUUGCAAAGAAAAGCAUUGCUAUGUCCUUUCACUGAGACUGUGAAAUGUCUUCAAGUGCUUUCGUCUAAUCUCACACUCUUUAUUCUAGAGCCUUACAUAGUAUGUCAUAUUAUAUAACAAAUUAGUUAUAACAGAUUAUAAUUAGCAGAGAGAAUAAUGUGUGGUACUUAGAAGAAAUAUUGAGUUUGUUUGUUUAAUCAUUUAUUUACCCUUUCAAUAAAUAUUUAUUGAACUGCAGAUAUAUGGCCAGAAUCUCUCUGGACGAUACUGUCACUUCCAACAGAAAACGAUGCAAAAGACUGAUGAGGUGUCCUAGUUUCAUUUAGGCCAAUCUUACCAUGAGAUUGUGUAUGUUAAGUAAUCUCAAAACAUAUUUAUAGAAUGUGCAUUUUUUAACUCUGGUUUUGUAAAACUUUAUUGCCUUGUGUAUCAUUUGUCUCCCGCAUGGUUUCUUUCCCAGAAAUACUGUGAAUAUCCUUAUUUCUACAAUUUCUUUACUUUUGAGCUCACAUUUCAUACCUGAAAUGGAGACUGUAAGAUCAGAAAAGUAUUUCUGACAAUGAUUUGUAUUAGUUUAUCUUUCAAGAAAGUGAAAGAAAGUGAAGUCGCUCAGUCGU